AACUCAAAUCACAUUCAAAUUUCUCUACCUUUUUUUCUCUUCACACUCCUUCAAUCACCAUUUAAAUUAAAAAAAAAAUGGUAGGUGUUUUUCGGCGUUCAGUUUCAUUUCCAAACAAAAAUCCUAACCGUCCAUCACAAAAGCCACAAAUAUCACACCACAUAAGAUCCAUUAGUCUUCCAUGCAGAUCUCACCCGUUAAUUUCCCAGAUCAAAGAUGAAAUCAACGGUCUCAAUUCAUGGAUUAAUUCCACUUCAAAAUCUCAACCACUAACAACCAAAAACCUCUCUAACGGUUUAACACUUCUCAAACAAACACAUGAAACUUUUCAAGACAUUCUCCAACUUCCCCAAACACAAGAAUCACUCCGUUAUCAUCCUCUUUGGGUUGAGAAGCUUCUAGAAUAUUCUCUUCGAUUCGUCGAUGCUUACGGAAUGUUCCAAACAUCGAUAUUAUCUCUUAAAGAAGUACAUUCAUCAGUUCAAAUUGGAAUUAGAAAACGAGAUGAAUCAAAAUUGGUUAUAUACUUAAAAGCUAAGAAAAUUUUGAGUAAGGAAAUUGAGAAGCUAGUUUCUGGAAUCCGAUGUGUGAAUCUCAAUGUUCCACAACAACAAUUACAUGUUCCUGUUUAUUCAUGUUCUUCAACGAUGCUAUCAAUUGCAGAUAGUGUUGAAUUAGGACGUGUAAUUGAGGAUGUUAUGAGUUUAACGGUUUCUGUUUCGGUUGUUCUUUUCAGCGGGGUAGCAAUGUCAUUUGCUUCGAAGAGAUUUUCUUGGGUGAAAAUGGUUAGAAAAAGUGGAAGUUACAAAAAAGAGUGUGAAGGGAUUGAAGAAAUUCAGAAACAGUUGAAUGAGGUUGAAAAUAUUGGGAAUUUGAAAAAGAAAGGAGAUGAAGAAGUAAGAUCGGUUUUGAAGAGAAUGCGCGAUUUAGAAGAAUGUAUUUGUGGUAUUGAAAGUGUUAGUGAGAAAGUUUUCAGAGCUUUGAUCAAUUCACGAGUUCUAUUGCUCAACACUCUUACCCUGUCGCAGUAGAUCAUAGUUUUUUUUCUUCUUUUUUUUUUUGUUAAUUAAAGAUCUAUAACAAUAUUCUUUUUAUGUAUUUUUUUUACCUAUGGUAGUAAUUUAUCAAUCAUAAAUCAUACAUGCAAAACAUACCAUUUUUUCCUUAGUGCUCUGUUUUUUUUUGUUUAACUUUUUUUUUACGGCACUUAGCGAUAAUUUACAGAUGAGCGAAAGGUACACAGACAAUAAGUUGUGCCGUUAAACCUUUCUAUAUAGCAAAAUUAAGCCUUCGGAAAACUACAUUCAUAGACCCAAAGAACAUAGUACUGUUGUGCAUAAA